CAGCUGCGAAAAAAUUAUGACAAUUCAUUGAAUUAGUAUUUUUCAGAAUUUUUCAGCAAAGAUAAUAUUGCUUUAAGAAUAAGUCUUUGUGAACUUCAAAAGUUAAUUUCAAUUAAUUCCAUAUCCAUUAUUAGUACUGUGGUUGUUGUAUCUAUCAAGUUCACAGAGAAUAUUUGGAAAGCGAUCACACCAAAUGAAUGUCGAUGCUUUUCAGCAGUCGCUAAAUCAAUCGCUGCAAGCCCUUGCAUUAAAGUUAGAACUAUUUGUGGGCGUGGCGGUGCAGACAGUAGUUUCAAUACAGCAAGAAUUCUCUGAAACAACUAGCAAUUGGCGUAGUCCUAUUGAGUUUUCAGCGCUGCAGCUAACUCUGCUAAAAGUGCUGCUGGUUUUGUUACUAGGUACUGCGGGACUCAUCGCGUAUUCGUGGCGUGUUUACGGAAAAGUAAUAACUGAAAAAUUUGUUCGGCCUAGCACUCUCAAGGAAAUUGAGGAGCUCAAGUUAUCCGUCGCCAAAUUAAAAUUGCCUAAAGAGCAUUCACCUAGAAUAUAAAGGAUCUACUUGGUUGAAAG